AUGGCUAGCUUUCCCUUUUUCACGUCUUACGUUGUUUCGAGUCUUGUGACGGCACUAGCAAUCAGCGGUUUCAAUUUGAAGGGGGCAGAGGCAGCACGUGCCUUCUUCGUGUUUGGAGAUUCACUUGUUGAUAAUGGCAACAACAACUACUUAGUCACCACAGCUAGAGCAGAUGCUCCACCUUAUGGCAUUGAUUAUCCAACUCGCAGACCCACUGGCCGUUUCUCUAAUGGCUUCAACAUUCCUGAUCUUAUCAGUCAAGCACUUGGGUCAGAGGCCACGUUGCCAUAUCUAAGCCCUGACCUCAUCGGGGAAAAAUUGCUUGUUGGUGCCAACUUUGCUUCUGCUGGCAUUGGAGUCCUCAAUGACACUGGAAUCCAAUUUGUAAACAUCAUCAGAAUGCCAAGACAACUAGAAUACUUUCAACAGUACCAACAAAGGGUGAGUGCCCUUAUAGGAGAUGAGGAAACUCAGAAAUUGGUAAAUGGAGCACUAGUCCUCAUCACUUGUGGAGGCAACGAUUUUGUGAAUAACUACUACUUGGUGCCUAACUCUGCUAGAUCCCGCCAAUUCGCUUUACCAGAUUAUGUCCCCUUUGUCAUCUCUGAGUACAAGAAGAUUCUACAGAGGCUAUAUGAUCUUGGAGCACGUAGGGUGGUGGUGACAGGAACUGGUCCACUGGGUUGUGUUCCUGCAGAAUUAGCCCUGCGAGGCAGAAAUGGGGAAUGCUCAGAGGAGCUACAGCGUGCCUCUUUCUUGUACAAUCCACAACUAGUUGAUAUGAUCACACAACUCAACAACGAACUUGGUUCAGAUGUCUUCGUUGCAGCCAACACACAACUCAUGCACGAUGAUUUCGUCACGAAUCCUCAAGCAUAUGGAUUUGUUACUUCAAAAGUAGCAUGUUGCGGUCAAGGACCCUUCAAUGGUCUUGGACUGUGCACAAUGGCAUCCAAUUUAUGUCCAGAUCGUGAUGCCUAUGCAUUUUGGGAUCCAUUCCAUCCAUCGGAAAAAGCUAAUAGGUUGAUCGUUCAGCAGAUCAUCUACACUCACUGUUACGCCCGUUUCCCGUUCAAGUUGAACCGGUUCUCUCCCCGAACCGUGACAGUUCGCGCGGCGGUUUCAGCACCGGAAAAGCGGGGCAGGAAGAAGAAGAAGCAGACGAAGGAUGACGACAGCGCGGUCGAGAACGGCCUCCGGUUCAGUUUCAUGGAGGAGCUCAUGGACCGGGCCCGGCAUCGCGACUCAAAGGGCGUGUCGGAAGUCAUAUACGACAUGAUCGCCGCGGGCCUCAGCCCUGGCCCUCGGUCGUUUCAUGGAUUGGUGGUGUCUCACGCCCUCAACGGCCACGAAGAAGCUGCGAUGGAAUCGCUGAGAAGAGAGUUGGCUGCAGGGCUUCGACCGGUUCACGAAACAUUCAUGGCAUUGCUAAGGUUAUUCGGGUCUAAAGGUCGCGCCAUUAGAGGUCUAGAAAUACUUGGAGAUAUGCAAGACCUAAAUUAUGAUAUUCGCCAAGCUUGGAUUGUUCUUAUUGAGGAACUUCUUCGGAACAAGCAUUUGGAAGGUGCCAAUGAAGUGUUCUUCAAGGGUGCCGAUAUUGGCCUCAGGGCUACUGAUGAGGUUUAUGAUCUUCUGAUCGAGGAAGACUGCAAAGCGGGGGACCAUUCUAAUGCAUUGGACAUUGCCUAUGAGAUGGAGGCGGCAGGCAGGAUGGCAACAACAUUUCAUUUUAAUUGCCUCCUCAGCGUGCAGGCUACCUGCGGAAUACCUGAAGUAGCUUUUGCAACUUUUGAGAACAUGGAAUAUGGAGAAGUUUUCAUUUACCGUUAUUACAUGAAGCCUAAUACAGAUACAUAUAAUUGGGUUAUUCAAGCGUAUACUAGAGCUGAAUCUUAUGACAGAGUACAAGAUGUUGCUGAGUUACUUGGCAUGAUGGUUGAAGAUCACAAACGUAUACAGCCAAAUGUGAAGACCCAUGCCCUGUUAGUGGAGUGUUUUACCAAGUACUGUGUGGUACGAGAAGCUAUUAGGCAUUUUCGCGCCCUUAAAAACUUUGAAGGGGGUACAAAAGUUCUACAUGAUGAAGGGAACCAUGGAGAUCCACUUUCUUUGUACCUUCGGGCAUUAUGUCGGGAAGGAAGAAUUGUUGAAAUGCUUGAAGCUUUAGAAGUUAUGGCCAAAGAUAACCAGCCAAUCCCUUCGCGGGCAAUGAUCUUGAGCAGAAAAUACCGGACAUUAGUAAGCUCAUGGAUUGAACCAUUACAAGAGGAGGCUGAACUUGGCUAUGAGAUAGAUUAUAUUGCUAGAUAUAUUGAAGAGGGUGGCCUAACAGGGGAGCGUAAGCGAUGGGUGCCUCGAAGAGGUAAAACCCCUUUAGAUCCUGAUGCUCAAGGAUUUAUAUAUUCAAACCCAAUGGAGACCUCAUUCAAACAAAGAUGCCUGGAGAAUUUGAGGGAUUACAAUAAGAAGCUCUUGAAGACCUUGCAGAUUGAAGGACUUGCAGUUUUAGGGGAUGGUGUAUCUGAAUCUGAUUAUAUUAGAGUGAAGGAGAGACUAAAGAAACUCAUAAAGGGGCCUGAACAGAAUUCUUUAAAGCCUAAGGCUGCUAGUAAAAUGCUUGUAUCUGAAUUGAAGGAAGAACUAGAAGCACAAGACUUGCCCAUUGAUGGAACUAGAAAUGUUCUUUACCAGCGUGUACAGAAAGCAAGGAGAAUAAAUCGAUCUCGUGGUAGGCCCCUUUGGAUUCCUCCCGUGGAAGAGGAGGAAGAAGAGGUGGAUGAAGAGCUGGAUGCAUUGAUUUCACGUAUAAAGUUGCAGGAAGGAAAUACAGAGUUCUGGAAACGUCGCUUUUUAGGUGAAGGCUUAACUGGUGAUCAAGAAAUGCCAAUGGAUGCAGGUUUAUCAGAGGUCUCUGAAGUUCCAGAUGAAGUUGAUGGAAUAGAAGAUGCUGCUAAAGACGUUGAAGAUGAUGAAGUGGAUGAUGAUGAGGAGGAAGCAGAACAAGUAGAAGAGGAAGUAGAACCAGCUGAGAACCAAGAUGUUGACAGGAUAAAAGUCAAGGAAGUUGAAGCAAAAAAGCCUCUUCAAAUGAUUGGAGUCCAGUUGUUGAAAGAUUUUGAUCCACCUAUUGCUAGAUCUAAAAAGUAUAAAAAAUCUGCCAAAUUGCAGGCUGAGAAUGAUGAUGAUGAGGAUUGGUUUCCACUGGAUGUAUUUGAGGCAUUUAAGGAAAUGAGGAAGCGGAAAAUUUUUGAUGUGUCAGACAUGUACACAUUAGCAGAUGCUUGGGGAUGGACAUGGGAGAGAGAACUGAAGAACAAACCUCCUCGUAGAUGGUCACAGGAAUGGGAAGUUGAGUUGGCAAUCAAAGUUAUGCAGAAGGUGAUAGAAUUGGGAGGGAUACCGACUAUAGGAGAUUGUGCGAUGAUCUUGCGUGCAGCCAUAAGGGCACCUCUACCUUCAACUUUCUUGACAAUUUUGCAAACUACUCAUGGACUUGGUUAUAAGUUUGGGAGUCCUCUCUAUGAUGAGAUAAUCUCUCUCUGCGUUGAUAUUGGGGAACUAGAUGCAGCUGUUGCUGUAGUUGCAGAUUUGGAAACCACGGGGAUCUUGGUUUCAGACCAGAUUUUGGAUAGGGUGAUUUCUGCCAAGCAGGGGAUUGGCAAUAGCUCCAAUGGUGUCAUCACGGAUUGA